AUGGAGAAGCUCGAUAAGGAAACUCUCCAAUGUUCCUCGCAAGACGCUGAGUCUGCCACACUGGGCACUCUGGUCCCUGUCGACCAAAAGGCUGAGCGAUCGUACGUUCGCAAACUCGACACAUUUCUUCUGCCUUUCCUCUCUUUGAUGUACUUCUUCAACUCCGUGGACCGCUCAAACUUGGGGAACUCUAAAACAGAUGGACUGGAAGAGGACCUCAAUUUCGUUGGCAACGAAUACAGCCUGUUGAUCCUGCUUUUCUAUAUUCCGUUCGGCACUCUCGACCUCCCUCUCAACUUGCUCACAAAGAAAUUCUCUGCAAAAUGGGUUUUGCCCAGUCUGAUGGUCACCUGGGGUUCAAUCGCCACUCUUCAGUGUGCUGCUAAGAACUUUGCAGGCCUGUUAGUCAUGCGUUUGAUUUUGGGUGCCUGCGAGGCCGGCUUUUAUGCUGGUGUAGUAUUCUACUUCACCCUGUUCUAUAAACGCUCGGAGCUCGGGUUUCGUCUCGCGAUCUUUUUUGGUUCCGCUUUGCUAGCGGCAACUUUCAGCGGGCUCAUCUCCUACGGCGUUUUCAGAAUCCAAGACCCACACAUCGCGGGCUGGCAGUGGCUUAUGAUGAUCGAAGGCAUCUUGACUGUCAUUGUUGGCGUUUUCUCUUUCUGGUGGCUGCCUGCCUCUCCUGCUUCGGCGUGGUUUCUGAAUGACAGAGAGAAAGCAGCCGCUGUGGCCCGUGCCCUGCGUGAUGGCUCUAACAACGUUGAUGUAGCUUUUAGUAUGAAGGAAUGUUUCAUGAUCUGGAAGGAUUGGAAGUUUGCUCUGUGGUGUUUACUUUGCUUUACCUAUCCCGUCGCCUUCGCAACAACUUCGAACUUUCUUCCGCAGAUCGUGCAACGUCUCGGGUAUAGUGUCGUCAAGACUAAUUUAUGGACUGUCGCCCCUAAUGCCGUCGGAUUUUUGGUUCUCCUCGUUGUUGCGAAGUCAUCGGAUUAUUUUCACGAACGCACUUACCAUGUCUUUGGUGCGCUUUCCACCUCUCUUGUGGGAAUGUUAAUUCUCAUUACUAUCGAUGUUCUGAACCACAAGGCCGUCGCGUACUUCGCAUGUUUUCUUAUGGCUGCCGGCUCUUAUAUUCCUUCGUGUCUCGUCCAGUCUUGGCACAACAACAACAAUCUGAAUGAGAAUAGCCGUGCCGCAACGACUGGUCUCCUGGUGGGCCUAGGCAACUUUGCGGGCAUUCUCUCGGCGGCCACCUUCCGUGUCGAAUAUGCGCCGAAAUACAUACCCACCCUUAUCACGACUUGCAUUUGUAACGGCAUUGCUAUGGUCUGUGUGUUGAUCUUAGGGUGUUGGAUGAAGUGGGAGAAUGAUAGGAGAAACAAGGCCCAGGGUGUGAAACUAUGUGCCUUGGAUGUCGAUACAUCCGAUUUGCCCGAUGGAGAACAAUCUCCUAGAUUUCGAUACUUCACUUGA